UUCAAAUUCGAAAGUGUUUUGAGUUGAAGGUCGCAAGAUUUGGACUCUACUUUGCGAUUACUGCUACACCUCUCCAUCACUUUUAUUCCUACAACACUUCUGGGAUUGGACUCCUACACCGACUCUGCACCACCAGCGAGGAUGAACUUCGGAGGAGAAGACGCGCUACAGCGGCAGGACGCGGACCUUCAGCCCGGAUCGAGCGGACUACCUGACUACUACUACGACCCCUGGACCGGGAGACGACAGGAACAAACGCCUUUUGGUCGUUUUCCUCAAGACGGAGGUGAUGAGAAUGAGGUGGCUGUGAGGAGCUCAUCCCCCUUUAGGAGCCCAUCCCCACCCUUUAGGAGCCCAUCCCCACCCUUUAGGAGCCCAUCCCCACCCUUUAGGAACCCAUCCCCACCUGCAUGGAGCCCAUCCCCACCCAUGAGGAACCCAUCCCCGCCCAUGAGGAUCCCAUCCCCACCCUUUAGGAACCCAUCCCCUCCCAUGAGUAUCCCAUCCCCACCUGCAUGGAGCCCAUCCCCACCCAUGAGGGUCCUUUUACGUAUAUGGGACCAGUCACCUGUAAGGAGCCCAUUCCCACCCAUGAGAAACCCAUCCCCACCUGCAUGGAGCCCAUCCCCACCCAUGGGGGUCCUUUUACCUAUAUGGGACCAGUCACCUGUAAGGAGCCCAUCCCCACCUGUAAGGAGCCCAUCCCCACCCAUCAGAAACCUAUCCCCACCUGUAAGGAGGCCAUCCCCACCCAUCAGAAACCUAUCCCCACCUGUAAGGAGGCCAUCCCCACCCAUCAGAAACCUAUCCCCACCUGUAAGGAGGCCAUCCCCACCCAUAAGGAACCCAUUCCCAUCAAGGAUACCAUCCCCUAUAGGAAGUCCUUCCAGGAUCCCACGCCAGGAUCCCACGUUAGGAUCCCAUUCCAUCGUUGUGUUGCGCGACAUAGAGUCUGGUCAGCCUUACGUUCCAGCAUCUGUUACCUUUAAUGUUUGGCGCCAGCGAAUAAGUAGGAGGGAUGAAGAGGAAGACAAUCAAGUAGUCCCUUCUGCUUAUCCUGUUCUAGACCAGCAGAAAAGGUCGAGGGAUGAAGAAGAAGAGGAAGACGAUGAAUUCUUUUCUGCUAGUAGACGACAGCGUGUGGAUCCUGAAUGGGAGAUGCAGGUAGUCACAAGGUCCCUCCAAUUACCCGUUGAAGCCAUUCCUGAACUAAGCAGACAUCUUUAAGCUAUCCCCAAAUAUAUCGCCUCAUUUUCAUCACCCCAUAUUCAUCAUGUGGUAAGUAUCAGUGGUAGGUAUCUCUGGUAGGUAUUUGGCCUCUAGUCUACAGCUUUAGUCUGUUUUUAAAUUUGUAGUGAAUAUUUCACCUCCAGACUCCAGCAGUAGUCCUUUAUUUAUGUAAAUUAUUAAGCUUUUAAACAUGUGAGGUGGUAAGAAUCAGCUUGAUACCUUCUUUUCUGUUCUGUUGUCACGAGGUCAUCGUUCAACCUUCUUCCUCUCGCCUUGUAGAUGUCUGAGCCCAAGCACACUUUGUACAAACUAAAAACUAAAUUUACACAAAUGAAAUGUUUACAUACCCUUGAUUCUUAAUAUUUUGUGUUAUUACCUGGAUGAAUAACGACUGUUUUUAUGUUGAUCAUCCAAGUAACGACACACAGUAGUAAGAAUCAAGUGUAUGUAAACUUUUGAACUGGUUCAUUUGUGUAAAUUCAGUUAAAAUUUUGUCUUGUGGAUAAAUGUAAACAUGUGUCAUGUGAAAUAAAUUGUUCAGGGCAAAACGUAAUAAAAAAACAAUCUGCAAUUUAUAAGAUCCUGCUCAUUUCUCUAAUUGAUUAACAUUUUGCAGAUGUAGCAAGGGGUUGUAAACUCAUAACUUCAACUAUACAUGUAACCUGCCCUCCAAAAUUAGAGAUAGACUCAAGAGUCCAGCGUGAGAGUUCACACCUGUUCUGUUGUUUUUUUUUUAGAGAACCCGCCUUAUGAGCCGUUCCGAUGAUUUUAUUACUUUAGGUCACUUUAUGACUUUAAAUUCUCUGCGUUUUUGAGCAGGUAUCCAGGGGAUUCUUACUACCAUCACUGUGACUUUAACAUAAUUUUGGUAAAAUAAUAAUAAAAGAAAAAUAGGGUAAAGUAGUUCUAGCAAUUAUGUUAGUUUAUAUAUGUCUGGUUAGUGUUAAAUGUAUAGGCUUGUUACUAUAGUAUGUCGUAUAUUUAGGACAUAUGAAUUAGUGUUUAUUAUAGAAUUGAUAAGAAACCAGUUUUCUGUUUAUAAAUA